AUGCAUCCCUCCCUUGAGCACAUUGAUACUUGCGUCCCCGUAACGGCGCUGAAAGCGCUGGUGGUGAGGGAUGUCAAGCUUCUCCUUCAAGCCCAAGGCACUUAUAUCAGAUUGAUCGAUGAAGGGAGCGGGCGACAGCUUGCGGAGCUGAAAGCUUUCAAGAGAAACAAUGUCCAUGGGUUCAUUUCUCUCAGUCAUAAUGAGGCAGUGACAGGAAAGGCACAUGUCCAGUUCGUUGCCUGGGGAGGGCAGUCCGUGAGAGCUUUUGACUUGGUGCUAAGUGAGGAGAGAGAGUACCAGCCACGACUAGUGGCCGCAAGUGCAGAGUAUCAGGGACCGGAUUGGAUCCUUGCUGGGUGUGCGCCUGACGACGAAGAAUCCAAGGUGUAUGUAUUGACGGCCCACAAUGCCGUUCUUGGUCUGGAUAUAGUAGAUGGAGACCAGUCGAACUAUGGAAAGGCCAUACAAAUCCGGCCGCUCGUUACCGGAGUCAACACCAUCCUCUAUUCCGCGGAUAUUAUCGCCCUCUCGGAAUCUCACAUCUUGAUUGCUGCGGGAACUGUCUUUGGCGAGAUCAUUGUCUGGUCCUGCUUCUUGACCGAGACUGGCCAGGCAACCGGCUCGAUUCAUCACUUCUUCACUGGGCACGAAGGGUCCAUCUUCGGGGUUCGGAUAUCCCCUGCCAUUGAUUCCUUGCGCGGUGGGCAGAGCGGACGGCUGCUGGCUAGUUGCAGCGACGACAGGACGAUUAGGAUUUGGGACAUAUCCGACUGCGAGCGUAUUUCUCGUGACGAUGCGCCUGCUUAUUCGACAGAUGGUUUCGAGCUUCGAAGCACCGGCUUUGGCGCAGCCCAUGACAGCGAGCUCGGCUCCGAGUCAACGAUUGCGAGCGCUUUUGGACACCUGGCUCGUAUAUGGGGAGUAAAUUUCCUCUCUGUUGGUCAAAGUCCAGGCAAGUUGAACCUGUUGUCGCGUGGCGAGGACGCUACGUGUAUACUGUGGGAUCUCACUUGGGAUCCGGCCUCACAGAAGCCCCAGUUUCAACUGAACGAGGGAAUGUCUAUCCGCAAGCACACCGGUAAACACAUCUGGUCCCUUGAAGUGCGCAGCACAGAUAAUGCAGCGGUCAUCUACACCGGGGGUGCUGAUGGAGCUGUCAAGAAUUUCACCAUCGAGGCGGAUGACGGAGCCCUAAUCCUACCCAAUCUACACAACCAAAUCGGAAUGUCAAUUGACCCCCAAAACCCCGAACCCCACGUUGAGACCUCUAUCAAAGGCUUUGAAUUUGUCUCGCAGGAUGAGUUUGUUGCUGUGACUGCUCGUGGCGAGAUCCAGAUUGGCCAGAUCAAGUCCCAAAAUCGGGCUACCCAGCACAUCUUCAAGGAAACGAUCUUUUUCGAAGAAGAUAUGCGUUCCUACUCUGUCGUUGGCAGUCUGUCGCAGAAAGGCGUGGCCCUUCUAGGCAACGCAAGAGGUCUGAUUCGAUUCUACAAUCACAACACAAAGUCACUCACGAGGAUUGUCGAAGUUGGACAACGGCCGUUGGGUUUGUUUGUCCUUGAUUAUGACCAGACCGAAUCGUCAGCAAACUUGACAUUCGUUGUGGCUUAUCCUAAAUCCGAGGUAGCGGAUUUAUUCAUGGUUUCGAUGUCCGGAGACGCAGAGCCGUCUGUGGAUAGGAUAGCAUUGAAUCUUCCAUACGGCUUUGGCGUGACAUCUGCGUCGUUGGUAUAUGAUAACCAGUUCCUGGCAGUAGGCUCCAUGACUGGCAAUUUUGCGCUCUACCGGGUGUCGAAGACGGAGAGUCUCGAACCUGUCAUGCCCCCUAGCAAGCUACAUGGCCGCGAAGGACUCAGCUACAUUGCAUCAUUCUCAUCGCUGUAUGGAGAGGGAGAAGACCUGCAGCCGUACUUCUUGACCUGUGGACGGAGUGGGGCCUACGGGGUUCACAAGUUGGAGAUCUCAGGCGUCGAGCCUUCGGUUUCCAUGCGAACCCUGCAUUUGGCUUCUCUGGCCUUCAACUGUGAAGUCCAGGGAGCUUACAUCGACAAGGUCUCCCAAGACCUUAUGAUCUACGGGUUCCAACCCAUGGAUUUUGUUCUUUGGAACGAAUCGGCACAGACCGAGGUCGCUAGACACAGAUGUAACGGGGGGCGGCGGUCCUGGGCAUUCCAGCCCAGCCAAGCGACCGCCUGGGCUGGAUCAUUCCUUUGGAUCCAAUCCGGCUUUAAUGCUAUGGAGAUCCAGCCGGACGCCAGUCGUACCUUGCGCUCCGGCAACCACGGGAGAGAAGUGAAGGCUAUGUGUGCAACUCAGCAAUCAGAUGGACUAGGCCCCUUGUUUGCGACAGGGUCUGAAGAUACUAAUGUACGUAUCUUUGCUCCCAGUGAACCACAGUUGGAGAGCCGUUGGGGCGCAUUCAAGUGUUUACGGCUCCUGAGGGAGCAUCAUACAGGACUGCAAAGUGUGGGGUGGUCCAAGGAUGGAAGAUUUCUCUUCACGAGUGGUGGAUACGAACAGUUUCUGGUUUGGCGGACACAUUCGAUUCCUCGGUUCGGACUCGGGACGAUUCUGGAUGCGUCAUGCCCUAAGAGCGAUCCCAAGUCCGACCUUCGGGUGACAAGUUUCGAUGUGCUGGAUGUGGAGGAACAGGCAGAGGGUGCAUUCCUGCUCUGCCUGACAUACUCGAACUCCACCAUCAAGAUCUUCCAUUAUUCUUCAUCAGCCGAAGGAGGCAGGUUUACCCUGUUGGCGAAUGGCACCUACAUGAGCAACUGCUUGACACAAGCACGCUUCAUGCGCAAAGGCUCUUCGCUGAGCCUGAUCACCUCUUCCACAGACGGCUACUUUACACUCUGGGAUUUGACGACCGUUCUGGAGCCGUUCUAUACGAUGUCAUCGUCUCUGCGUCUGAAGCAGCCCGUCGAGGGAGCAUCAAUAACCCCAGCAAGCAUUACAUGCGAGAACCGUUACCAGAUCCAUUGGAACAGCAUCAAAUGCUUGGAGCUGGCAGAUGUAUCAGACACCCUGUCCUUGAUUGUUGCCGGUGGCGAUGACAAUGCGAUGACAGUCACUCUUCUGGACACUAGCGUCGAUGCCGCAUGCACGAUUGCCGUCCCCGAUGCCCACGCAGCCUGCAUCGCAGCGACAAAGAUUCUCACCCAGAGCCAAAACCCGAACGAAGGGACUGCACGACUCGCCGUUGCUUCUUCCGGAAACGACCACCAGGUCAAGAUCUGGUGGAUUGACAUUGACGCGAGGAAGAAUGGGCCGGACCGGAUUCAAAUCAGCAAGGCAGCCGAGCGAUACAGCUCUGUGGCGGAUAUUUCCUCGUUGGACAUUAUCCACGAUGCAACCCAGGGAAGUAAGCUGGUAGUAUGUGGUGCUGGCAUGGAGAUGUUGAGUGUGCGACUGUAGACUGGACACGAUAGUCACGAUAAGACGUUAUUGCACAUACAAGACAAACAUAGAAUAGAGCCUG